CGUUCUACCAUGGACGGUCUUGCGGCUUGGGUGGAUAAAAACAGAGACAUCUGGGCGCGUGUCUACGAUGAAGUCAUUACGCCCAAGAUUGAGUCAGAAUGGAAGAAUCGAAACGAGGUCCAAGCGAAAGAGCUCAUGAACAAAGACGAAGAGCACGAAAGAAAUCUUGCCCUGGUCAAUGCCGAGGUCACCUGCCUGAGAGAAGAGAAUGCACGACUCACGGAAUUAUUGCAGGAGCAGGGUACUGCCUCUAUCUCACGCAUAGAGCAAUUAGACCCUACCAUACUGGGCUCCACUGUCUCCAAGACUGAAAUUCAACGUUUGACCGAGAAAUACAAUGAGCUCAAUAUGCGAUUCCGCAACAGUAUUCAAAAAGUUCAGUAUUUGGAACGAAAGAAUGCUGCCGUUAUGCAGAAGAACAAGGAAAUGAAGGAGAGCGUAAAAGCCUGGCAGGAAUACUGUGACCGUAAUACUAUCAAGCGGAGAUCGAAGGUUGUGGGAAAUGCAACAGGUCAACAUUCUGAUACAUCGGGAACCCCUGACCGUAUGGAAGACGAACUUAAAUGGGCGUCCAGUCCAAGAUGUACAACACUAACAACACCGCAAUCGCUUCUCCCACAAGAUCACUCGACCCCUGGCCCCAUUGUAUCUCUUGCGUCCCCACCACGUCUACCCUCUAUUCAAGGACUUCCAAGAUCAGAAGUGGAAAGUAGAAUAGGGUGUCAGGAAGGUGGUGAUGUUGCACGGGAGCGAUCACAGCAAGCAUCUUCUCCACUGCCUGUAGAUCAUGGACGGAUCUUAGAGUCAGGAGUAGGCGAGAUCCACGACUCCUUCGAAGAGCACUUCGGUUCAGAAAAAGUAACAUCUAGCCAAACAACCGAGGAUGAAGUCAUACACACAAACCAAGUAGCAGCCUCUGAAGGUGGCGAUAACGAUGCGCCAGAAUUUCUAUCUGAGCGGUCUCUUAAGCGCAAGCGCAAGCACAAACCUUCGAAAGACAUCAAAGUAUUUACAGACCGGUCAGAUGGUACACCCGCAAAGCCCAUUCAUGUGAAGGAAGAACCACGAAGCAGCCCUCCUUUGUUGAGAGCCACAAAAAGUCUGCUUCGGAAGGAGACUAUGGAUCUCGACGAAAUCGGUGGAAAAUUCGUUAAUACAUCCGACAAGUCACCCAGCAGGACCGCGCAUGGCCGCUCACUUAUGAAUGAGGUACCGCAGCAUCAGAUAUCGAAUACUUCGCGCUUCGAUGGUACCACCGUGAAGCAAGAAUCUCGCCCCGAAAUGGCUGAAACGGAGAACAAGCGCUGCACGGGAACAGUGCGCUUGCAGAUGGAAGUCGAGCAUGAGAAUCUUUCAGAGGCACCCAUCCAUGUCUUGAAGCCUCUAAAUUCGAAUGCCAUACUAAGAACGGAUAAAGAGACGUCUAAUAAGCGUAUGAGAAGAGACGGCCCAAAAUCGAAGCAUAACUUCUUGACCGAGUCAGGAGAAACACCUCCCCCUAUGAACGAUAAUGAACGACUAUCACCUCGUGAUGCAAGAGCACAUUACAAUCAUAAGUUGCACGCUCGAAAAGACUUUGCAACUCCAUCCAAGGACAUAAUGACAACCCCGAAGACUGCUCCUGCAAAACUUUUGGCAGUGCUCCCGCCUGAGGGAUUGUCUCCCUCUACUUCGGCUCGCCAACUCCAUACCACACAAUCCACUCGAGUGCCACAGAAAAAGCUCCUUGCAUCCAAGGAAAAUCUCAUUGAUCGUCCGCACGCUGUCCCAAAUGGACGUCCAGCCUGGAUCAUGGGGACGCACUCGGGUCCCUCUAGAAGGGUUGCAUCCCCGUCUAUCCCCCAAAAUUCUAAGCCCCUUCGGUCCAAGCCGAUGGAUGAACUGGGUGUCCUCGACUUCAAGCCUAAUCCAGCGUACAACCAAGGAUACACACACGCAUUUUCCGAGACGGUGCGCAAGCGCUCCGAUCGCUUCUGCCUUCCCGGAUGUACGAGCGCCGAAUGUUGCGGCUCUACAUUCCGGGCAUUGGCUCGUGCAGCUGCGCCUCUGGAUACUAGUCAAGAGGAAGAUCUACUCCACGAGUACCUCGGUGAAGCGUAUGAUACAUUUGGACUCACGCAAAUGAGCGAGGCUGAGAGGAUUGAGCUCGUUUUACAAGCUAGGACGCGGCAAAUGGCAAACGAGCAUGGCAAACACAGACAAGCGUUCGAAAGAGGGAGGAGUCCGCCGGGGUUCUGGAGGACCGGAUUUCCAGAUACGCAGGAGGUGGAGGCAGAUAAAGCGAAAUCGAGGGAAAUAGAAAAGGGAAUAGUGAAAGAAAGAUGGCUGGAGGCUCAGAGAAAAGGUGGGAAAUGGGUUUUCAGGGACGAGUGA